ACAAACGUGGGACAAUGUCGGAGGUGCGACACGACAGCACGAGCAGUUUACAGCGGAAGAAGCCACCAUGGUUAAAACUGGACAUCCCGGUGCCGGUGCCUGUGUCGGUGCCAGAAGAGCCCCAGCCUGUGCAGCCAACGAGACGUCAGGCCUUUCUGCGAAGCGUGAGCAUGCCCGCUGACAACACUCGUGUGCCCUCCCUGCCUAACGAGGUGAGGAGACCGGUGCUACAACGACAGACCUCAAUCACCCAGACCAUCAGGAGGGGCACAGCGGACUGGUUUGGGGUGAGCAAAGACAGUGACGCUACUCAGAAAUGGCAGAGAAAGAGCCUCCGCCACUGCAGCCUGCGAUAUGGGAAGCUGAAACCUCAGGUCAUCCGGGAAAUGGACUUGCCCAGUCAGGACAAUAUUUCUCUAACAAGCACAGAGACUCCUCCUCCGCUCUAUGUUGGACCCUGCCAGCUGGGAAUGCAAAAGAUCAUAGACCCCUUGGCCCGCGGCCGAGCUUUCCGUAUGGUUGACGACAGUGAUGGCUGCAGCAUCCCCCACACACCGAUCACACCGGGUGCCACGUCGCUCUGCUCCUUCACCAGCUCGCGCUCAGGGUUCAAUCGCCUCCCGCGACGGCGGAAACGCGAGUCCGUUGCCAAAAUGAGUUUCCGAGCAGCUGCAGCUUUGGUGAAGGGGCGCUCUGUGAAGGACAGCACUCUGAGGAGAGCUCAGCGGCGCAGCUUCACCCCAGCAAGUUUCCUGGAAGAGGACACGGUGGAUUUCCCAGAUGAGCUUGACACUUCUUUCUUCGCUCGGGAAGGAGUCCUUCAGGAGGAGCUCUCUACUUACCCGGAUGAAGUGUUCGAGUCGCCAUCAGAAGCUGCAAUCAAAGAUACUGAGGUGAAACCUCUGGAUCAGACAGAUCUCACAGGAGGUGCCUUGGACAAAAAUGAGCUUGAAAGAAGCCACUUGCUACUUCCACUGGAGCGAGGCUGGAGGAAGCAGAAGGAUGGGGCCCUGGCACAACCAAAAGUCCGCUUGCGGCAGGAGGUGGUGAGCGUCAGCCCGCAGAAGCGUGGCCAGCGCAUUGCCGUCCCCGUCAGGAAGCUCUUUGCCAAGGAGAAGAGGCCGUACGGCCUGGGCAUGGUGGGGAAGCUGACAAACCGCACGUACCGCAAGCGCAUCGACAGCUACGUCAAGCGGCAGAUUGAGGACAUGGAUGAUCACAGGCCUUUCUUCACUUACUGGGUCACCUUUGUGCAUUCACUCAUCACCAUCCUUGCUGUGUGCAUCUACGGCAUUGCCCCUGUGGGGUUCUCACAACAUGAAACUGUUGAUUCAGUCUUGCGAAACAGAGGAGUUUAUGAAAAUGUCAAAUAUGUUCAAUUCUGGAUCGGCCCCAGCUCAGAGGCCCUGAUCCACCUAGGGGCCAAGUUCUCUCCGUGCAUGAGGCAGGACCAGCAAGUGCACAGCUUCAUCAGCGCCAAGCGGGAGAAGGAGAAGCACUCGGCUUGCUGCGUGCGGAAUGACAAGUCGGGCUGUGUGCAGACCUCAGAGGAGGAGUGCUCAUCUACGCUGGCAGUGUGGGUGAAGUGGCCCCACCACCCCAGCACACCGACGGUGGGAGGAAUCAAGAGGCAGUUUGGGUCUGUUUGUCAUCAGGACCCCAGGGUGUGUGAGCAGCCAGCCUCGCUGCACCCGCACGACUGGCCAGAUGACAUCACCAAAUGGCCGAUCUGCACAAAAAACAGUGCUGGGAAUUACACCAACCACCUUCACAUGGACUGCGUGAUUACAGGCCGGCCCUGCUGCAUUGGGACCAAAGGAAGGUGUGAAAUAACCUCCCGGGAGUAUUGUGAAUUUAUGCGGGGCUAUUUCCAUGAGGAGGCAACGCUCUGCUCUCAGGUGCACUGCAUGGAUGAUGUCUGUGGGCUCCUCCCUUUCCUAAAUCCAGAAGUCCCUGACCAGUUCUACCGCCUCUGGCUCUCGCUUUUCCUCCAUGCCGGGAUCCUGCACUGUCUGGUUUCAAUCUGUUUCCAAAUGACCAUCCUGCGGGACCUAGAGAAGCUGGCAGGAUGGCAUCGCAUCUCUAUCAUCUACCUGCUCAGUGGCAUCACUGGGAACCUUGCCAGUGCAAUAUUUCUACCCUACAGAGCAGAGGUUGGCCCUGCAGGAUCCCAGUUUGGGAUUCUGGCCUGUCUCUUUGUGGAGCUCUUCCAGAGUUGGCAAAUCCUGGCACGCCCAUGGAGGGCUUUCUUCAAGCUGUUGGCUGUGGUGCUCUUUCUUUUUGCCUUUGGCCUCCUGCCUUGGAUUGAUAAUUUUGCUCACAUUUCAGGAUUUAUCAGCGGUUUCUUCCUCUCCUUUGCCUUCCUGCCCUACAUUAGCUUUGGAAAGUUUGAUUUAUAUAGGAAGCGAUGCCAAAUUAUAGUUUUCCAGCUCAUCUUCAUUGCACUCUUCUCAGGACUUGUGAUUCUGUUCUAUUUCUACCCCAUCAAGUGCGAGUGGUGCGAGUUCCUCACUUGUAUACCAUUCACAGACAAAUUCUGCGAGAAAUACGACCUGGAUGCACAGCUCCACUGAAAGGCAAAGACUGGCUUCUCGAGCAGGCACUGGAGAUGGACUGUCUUUGCGUUUGCUGUGCCAGUUCCAUGUGGACAAAGCCUCUAAUCCAAUGACACUUCUAACCCUGCCCAUGGUUAAUUUAAACUGUCUCCUUAGCACUUGGCAGGCAUGUUUUGCCUUAUCUCAGAAGACUCUGAAAACAGAACGUUUGUGCCUUGUUCAAUUGUAUUGAACCUUUUCUGCUGCCAUUAUUUUUAUUACACUAGUUUCAAUACUACAUUUUUAACCAGAGUUGUUUACUACUGCUAAGGUGGUGAUUAAAUGGUAAGGUAGCGUUUUAGCUACUGUUAAUUGUU